AUGUCUCGUAAAUUUAUUACUGCAACAUUAACUGCUCGAGAUCAUGUGUUACAGUCAAUUUUUUCAAAUUCUUUUCUUUCGCGUUCAAGGAAAUCAACAAAAGCCGAAAGAAGAGCACGUAAAGCCUUUAGAACUAUUACAUUUAUUGUUGGGUUCUUCGCGAUUUUAUGGUCACCAUAUUAUAUUAUGGCAACAAUUUAUGGAUUUUGCAAGGGUCAUUGUAUACCUGGAAUACUGUAUAAUCUUACUUAUUAUAUGUGCUAUUUGAAUUCUAGUGGGAAUCCUUUUGCCUACGCUCUUGCAAACCGACAGUUUCGUUUAGCAUUUCUCAAAAUGUUUCAUAGUGUUUUCAACAAAGAUAAAGAACCUUUUCAGGCAACAAUUUAUGGAUUUUGCAAGGGUCAUUGUAUACCUGGAAUACUGUAUAAUCUUACUUAUUAUAUGUGCUAUUUGAAUUCUAGUGGGAAUCCUUUUGCCUACGCUCUUGCAAACCGACAGUUUCGUUUAGCAUUUCUCAAAAUGUUUCAUAGUGUUUUCAACAAAGAUAAGUGA